AUGUCUACACCUCCAAUCCUUGUUCGCCCAGCGCUUGGUGAAGCUGCUUCGCUGGGAACGUUGUAUGAUGCUCGCACUGACUCCUUUCUCCCACUCUCAGCGCUACAGACGCAGCCUCCUUCUUCGGCCAUCACCAAAACUGACAUCCACGACAGUGAUACUCGGUACCUCCGCAAUGAUACUCUUAAAGAAAAGUUUAGUGGCUUGGACGUUAAAGCCCAGCUUGGUGCAAGCUUUCUAGCCGGUCUAGUCAAGGUUGAAGGAUCGGGGAAAUAUCUGACCGAGGAGAGAGACAGCAACUUGGUUGCUUAUCAGACCUUGCUACACAAUAUCACCACUGUCAGCGAAAGACUGGAAUUCCAGGCGAAUGAAGUUCAAAACUCUCUUUCUUGGUCUACAUUGGAAACUGGUUAUGCUACCCAUAUUGUGUUUGAGAUUGUUUGGGGCUCGCGGAGCGUCGUCACGGCGAAGCAGUCCCUUUCCGCAAAGGACAAUGCGAAAGCUGUCAACGGCAACUUGUCUAGCCAGCUCAAGUUUUGGGAGACAUUUGGUGAGGGCAAAGGUGAGGUGAUCAAUGGAGAUCAGAGCUUGGAUAGGUCAUUGGAGGUCACUGUCUUUGGCGACGUCCUUCCGAGUGAUGGCCUCGUUCCAACUGAUCUUGCAAGCGCGUUCCGUUUUCUCACCAAGGUCCCAGUUUAUAUUGAGAAUGCCAAUAGUGGAAAGGGAAAGCCUCUAACCUACAAGUUGAUGCCGAUAUCUUUGCUUGCUGGUGUAGUUGACCGCAGGUUUUCGAUACCACUUGUAAUCCACAACCUUGAGACCGAAUGCUUCGAAAAGUUUGUUCAGCUAUUUGACGAAAUUACGGCUGCUCGUCAGGAGUUAAACGAUUACCGCACUUUUCUUGGAAAGAACCGUGACUAUGUUCCUCAGGACCAUAUUCGAAGUGUCGGGAAUAGGAUUUCGGAAGUCAGACACUUGGAGACCCAUCUAAAAGCACUGUAUGCCAAGGCAUUACAUGGGGUAAGAACAGGUGCAGAGGACAAAAGUUCUCUAUGGGACUUGCUGAAAGAUUUUUAUUCGAGCAACUCUAAAGUACAGCGGCUAGCGGACAUAAUCUUCGGCAAUUACAAAGAAAAGAUCCGAUUCCUGAAUGAUUUAGUAGACCGAGGAGCUAAGUACGUGGGAUUCAAUGGCGAGUCUCUUGACCUCGAGCUGGGUAGUAACCCGGACAUUGAUAUAUAUGUCUUUCAUUUCAGCGAGACUGCGAAAUUGCAUUCAGAACUGUGGAAGCAGAACUUGGCAAUUAUCUAUCAGCUUCUGAAUGACUCGGCGUGCCGGAUUCGCGUCGUUCUCAAGGAUCAUGAUGCGGUUGAAGAGAGGCUUGAUGUACCGAAGAUUGUUCUCAUACGGAGCGCUGAAGUAAUCAUUCCGGAUGUUCUCCAAGAACGGAAACUCUCUUCCGGCAAGUGUUUCGCUCAAUAUAACGAAGUGUAUCUUGAUAAUGGAUGUCCCAAACCAGUCCGAAGAGUCAUGAUGAGGAUUCCAUGCCCAAAAGUUUACUGUGGUCCAGCCACAAGCCACGACUGGUUUUGUACCAGGUGUGGCGCAUUGAUUGAAUAUGGCCACAUCGACGACUACCUGUAUUGCGAUUGCGGGCGUUGUAAGUACACUUGGUGGAGCUUUCGAUGCUCGAAUACCAAGCAUGGCCUGGAAUUCAAUACGUAUAACAGCGUCAAUCUCCUUCGACUUCUUAAGGGACUAGAGCCAUUCGAGGAGUUGAAUAUUUUGAUCCUUGGCCCCACUGGUGUGGGAAAAUCAACCUGGAUUAAUUCUUUCGUGAACUAUCUUUCUUUCCCAUCACUGGACGACGCUAUGAAUAUGGAGGAGCUUUCCUGGAAGAUACCGUUUGCAUUCAACACUUACAGCGUAAGGGAUGAUGGCGAGUUCGAAAAGAUUAAAGUGAGCUACGGCAUUAAGAACCAGCCGACGAAUGGACCAGUUGCGCAGCAAGCCAGCAUUGAAGAGGUCGAUGGCACCACUGGUGAAUCAGCAACCCAGAAUGCUACAGUACAUCGGGUCCUAAUUGGAGAAUGCCUUGUGAGGAUUAUCGACACGCCAGGUAUUGGCGACACACGAGGAGCUGCUCAGGAUAAGAAAAAUAUGGCGGAUAUCUUGAGUGUCAUUCGAGGGUAUGAAAAGCUUCACGGGAUCCUUAUUCUACUUAAACCGAAUGAGCAGAGACUGAGCAUUAUGCUGCGCUUCUGUAUCCAAGAACUCUUAACACACCUACAUCGCGAUGCUGCAACGAACAUAGCAUUCGGAUUCACAAACACAAGAGGCACUAGCUACACUCCCGGUGACACAUUCGAUCCCUUGCAAACACAAUUGAACGGGUAUGGACAUAUUGACAUUGGUCUCCGAGCACGGAAUGUGUACUGUUUCGAUUCCGAGAGUUUUCGCUACCUCGCUGCCCAGAAACAACACGAAAAGUCAUUGGGCCAUUUGGAGGAGAAUCGUAAGAGUUGGGAGCACUCAGUGAAGGAAUCGAAGCGUCUCCUUGAUCACUUCAAGAGCAUUCAACCACACCAAGUCACUAGUACUGUGAAUUUGUAUGAAACAAGACACAGAAUUAUCCAGAUGACCGAGCCAAUGGCGGCCAUUGCCGAAAAAAUCAAGUCCACUAUAAUGGUUAAUGAGGACCACAUCAAAGAUCUCAUGCAUAAUGAUUUGAAAAAGAAAGAUUUAGAGAAGAAGUUGAGAAUCUGUGUGAACACGCUCAUUGCCGUUGCUGUUGACAAGCCACGAACUGUAUGCGGUCAUGCUGACUGCGUAGAACACUCAAAUACUGGACUAAUAGGAACGGAUGGAAGGCCACUGCUAGGAACUGUGUACAAGACUUUAUGUCAUGACCCAUGCUAUUUGGACAUCCAGGUCGACAAGAUGGGAGUUUCUGGCUUACAAAAUUGUUGGGCCAUGAAUGGAAAUGGUACCUGCCGAUUAUGCAGCCAUUCGUGGAGAAUUCAUCUCCAUAUCAGACACGAGUACGAAGACGGAAGUACAGAGAUCGAUAAUCCGGUGGUUGUGGAAGCUCUUAAGAGAAACGCAAGCGACCGCGAGAGGAAAGAAGCCGCAAUCGCAAAUAAGGCGAAACUUAUCAAAGACCUCGAGUUCGAACUGAAGAUGAUCCGUGAUGCAGCCGCCCAAUUUAGUAUCUUUCUUAAAAGGAACGCCAUCAUGCCGGUCAACGACGCAACUUUGGACUACUUGGAUCUUCAGAUAGAACAGGAGAAAGGGAAAAUUUCUGAAGGGGGUAGCAGAGAUAAGUUUGAGAGACUUACUGACUUCCGAAAGCUGUAUGAACAAGAAGUGAAGACACUUACAGAGUACAUGGAACAGGGCGAUAGUCAAAAGUUGUUGGACCAAGCUGGAGUUGAAGGUCUUAUGCAGCAAUUAUACUCUCUUCAAUAUUACGGGAGCCAACUGCGACAAGCGAAGCAGGUCCUAGACAGAAUAGGAGUGGUUACCAAUAGAGAGAAAACGCAAGUGGUGCGUGCGAACGCACAUUUCACGGAGCGAGGAGAGCGGGCCAUAGAGACAAAGAAAGCUGCUGCGGUUACAGUCAAGGAUAUUGGAGAAAGAAGGACUGCUUCCAACAGUUGGACCGGUUGGACCGUGUCGACACUUGGAACAGUACGCGAGGCAGUUUGGCCUCCUGGAUUCUGGUCGAUGCUAUCGAAAAAAGAUUCCGGAAAUGUUACUAAAGGCAAUAGGUAG